AUACGUAAACUUUUCGAAACCUAAAACAUUUAGCAUCGUUUGCCAGAUUGUCUUAGUUGCACACUUGCGUCAUUUCUGAGUGUUUUGGGUUUUAUUUCUUGAUAAAUGUUUCUACAAUUUUUAUGCGAACUAAUUGUCUAGAGAAGCGUGAAAUCAAAGGCAAAAUGAUGGUAAUGAGUAACUCAAUACUCAUUACCAUUUAUUGUUAAAAAGAGAUGUAUAUUGAUUUAAAACCAGUAGAAAUUUCUCCAAGAAACGUACAGCUCUUCUCUCUUUUAGGUCCGUUGUAUGUAGGCUGAAGAUGCGCAUUUCUAACGAAACAAAAGUCGUUUUAAAUCUUGACGUUCUGGCACUAUCUGUUUUCAUUUCUGUAUGUAUGUCAUUCUUCAUAAGUGACCAGUUUGUUUACUACAGUUGUCUGUCUGAACAAGGAAUUGAUUAUUGGUUGGUAAAUAAAAGUGACGUUACGGAUGGACUGCAAGCUGCACAAAAGAAAGCUGCUUUUAUACAGUCUCUUAAAAAUUUUCUGGGUAUUGGGACUGGAAUUUUCUCAACACUAAUCAUUGGUUACCUAUCAGAUAAUUAUGGUCGGCAAUUGACGUUGGGAAUUAUAAUAUUAGGAGAAGCUUUACGAAUUUUAGCUCUUGGUAUUAUCGUAUUUUUCAAUUUUUCUCCCUGGAGUUUGAUUGUAUCUGAAUUAUUAGAAGGAUCUAUUGGCGGUGGAUUGUUAUCAAUUUCAGCACAAUUAUUUGCUUGUAUAGCUGAUCUAACCCAAAAAUCACCUAAUGAAAUAGUAGUAAUAUCCAAUGAAAAUAUGGAUUCAGUAACUCAGGCAAAAAGAUUAGUAAAAAAACGUUGGCUUUUAUUUACUUUACUCGAUGGUGUAAUCACUUGUGGUAUGGCAUUUGCAAAUGCACUAACAGGUUUCAUGAUUCAACAUUAUCGUUUCUACAUAACAAUGCUAACUUGUAUAGCCUUUCUUAUUCCUUCAGUAAUUACUUUAUUUCUCGUACCUGAAACAAGUGUGAAGACAAUACAAGUUGAACAGACAGAAGAUAUUGAAAAUUCAUCCAAUGAAUUAUGCAUUACAGCUCCAGCAGUUCAUAAUGAAACUAGUAAGCAUCAAGAGUCCUCUAGUAAUUAUUCAGUCCACGUACAAUCUGAAAAUAGCUGUAUGAAUAAGCUACAAAUUAUAUCAAAACUACCUCGUACUCAUAUAGUAAUAAUUAUCAUUAUUUUCAUGUUUUCCAUCUCUGGUGUGACGGAUACACAAUAUUUAUUUCUUUACUUAAUGAGUGGUCCUUUUAUGUGGGAUGCACAAGUAGUUGGUUUAUUCACAGGUUUAAGAGAUGUAUGCUGCACAUUUGUAUCUGUAUUAUGUGUCAGUACGAUGGUCAAGUUUCGUAAAGAUCAACCAACUAAUCAUGUUGAAGUAGUAUCAAUAUCAAAUAGAAUGAAUACAACAUUAUUUGGUCGUUUAAAAUCUGUGGAUCAAAUUCUUCUCAUUAUCUACAAUUCCAAGAUUUGUUAAAGGUUUUCAAAUAUCCAUACUUCGAACUAUUAUAUCAAAAUGGACAGAAGUCUCUAAACAAGGUAUGGUAAUGUCUGUUAUUGCAGUAAUGGAACGCCUUGGGCUUUUGAUCAGUCUUGUAGCUCUACCAGUUAUAUACGCUGCAACAGUUAGCACUUUCAAAGGAUCGGUAUUUUUCGUUUGCGCCUCUUUUACAAUUUUGGAAGCUUUAAUAGUCUUAAUUUUACCAGUAUAUUCUCCAAACAAAUUGUCACUGGAAUCGUAAUCAGUUAAUUAUUGGUAAUAUAAUCUGUUAUGUCAUUGAACUUAAAGAAGAAGAAAAAAGACAGGAAUCCAGACUUUAUUAAAAAUAUAAUCAACUCAUUUAUUUAUUUAUUUACUUAUAAGAAAUCAUUUAUAUUUUCAGAACAUUUGUUACAUUUCUACAAUAAAUCACGAUGUAUUGGUGACACUGAUAAAAGGACUGCAAACACCGUUGUUCGGUUUUAGUUUGAAACUCGUUAGCAUUAUAUAGAUUAAAAAUAUUGCUUAACCAAAUAUCAUUUGACC